AAGCUGGGUCUGUAGACGAGAGAAGGAAGCCCCUCCCCCCUCCCCAUGGGCACCCCAUUCUGCCCAGCAGCCCGUGCAGUGAGUGAGUUGCUUUGAAGGCAAAUGAUGGAGCCCUGGAAUGGGGGAGGAGCCCGGGAGGGAGAGGUAGCCUCCUGGGGCAGCCACACAGGGUCAGCAGCGCCUGUUCCCCAGGCUCUCUUCCUCCUCCUCCUGCUGCUGCUGCUGCUGCCCGGGGCCCAGGGCCAGGGCAGCACUGCUGGCGGGUGUGACUGUGCGGGAGACUCACAGAAGAGGUACCGCCCGUUUUGUUGCAGGGGCUGCCCAAAAGGACACUACAUGAAGAGCUCCUGCACAGAGCCCUGUGGCAAUUCUACCUGCCUUCCCUGUCCUCGGGGCACCUUCUUGACUAGGGGAAACCACUUUAAGAGUGACUGCACCCGCUGCCAAGCCUGUGAUGAAAUGGCUUUCCAAGUGACCCUGGAGAACUGCUCAGCAGUUUCAGACACCCGCUGUGGCUGCCUGUCGGGGCUCGGCUGCUCCACUGAGCCGUGUAGGGAAAGUUCACCCUCUCCUUGCCUCUCGUGUUUGGAUUGUGCUGCCCCUCCAACCCCCGGGGUUUCCACAGAGUCUGCCCUGAAGCCACAGACACAGCCAGCAGCACCCGAGGCUGGAAGUAGAGUAGUAUUUUGGGUCCAGCUGCUUCUGGGGGCCUCAUUCCUGCUCGGGGCCACCCUGAUCUGUUCAUAUUGCCGAUGCCAGUCUUUCAAGCCUGUGGUUCCUGCAGACACAGCUGGGAUGAAGGCCCUGACCUCACCGCAGAUUACCCAUCUCUCAGCCUCAGACAGUGCCCACACCCUCCUGGCACCCCAAGGCAGUACUGGGAAUGUCUGCACCUCUGUCCAGUUGGUAGGCAACAGCUGGAGCCCUGGUUUAUCCCAGACUCAGGAGAUGGCCUGCAGCCAGGCUUCACAGCCCUGGAAUCAGCUGCCAAGCAGAACUCUUGUGCCCACUGCAGACUCGCCGGCCGCUAUGCUCCAGCCUGGCCCGCAGCUCUAUGAUGUGAUGGAUGCGGUGCCAGCACGCCGGUGGAAGGAGUUUGUGCGCACGCUGGGGCUGCGGGAGGCAGAAAUUGAGGCUGUGGAAGUGGAGAUCUGCCGCUUCCGAGACCAGCAGUAUGAGAUGCUCAAACGCUGGCGCCAGCAGCAGCCUGCAGGCCUGGGUGCCAUCUACGCGGCCCUGGAGCGCAUGGGGUUGGAAGGCUGUGCUGAGGACUUGCGCAGCCGCCUGCAGCAAGGCCCGUGAUGUGAGGCCCACCAGCCACUUUGGCAUUCUAGUGACCCUAGCAGGAAUCUUAAGUAUUGUUACUUAUGGGUGUAGACAUUUUAUGUCACUUACUAACCCCUUAGCACGGUCCUGCAUAGCAGCACCGGCUGGCCUGCUAUGCUUCGGCUAAGGGAAGCAUCAUGGAGAAAUAGGAGGGGCCAAGUGAUUGGUUGCACAGCUGUUUAUCAGCCUGAGUUUGGACUUGGUAUUAAAUAUCUUAAGUAGU